AUGCCGGAAUACCGGCCACCGCCGGACUUGAGCGUGGCUGACGGCAGCCGGCGCCCCGGCUAUUUAGUCGGAGUUGCAGGCGACCGCCGUCAUCUUGCCACCGAGUCGGGCGGCUGCUACGUGAGACCAUCGCCUACGGUGAAGCCAUCGCCGAUAGUGGGCGGAAGCCUAUGUUGCGACGGCAUCGUGCCUCAUCAUCAGCACGGCCAGUAG